GAUAUACAAUUAAUAUAUGAUAUAGCUAAUUUAACCAUAUAUCAAAAUCAACUUUCUCAACUUUAUUCUCUUAUUCAAAACCUCGAUUCACAAGAGCUCCAUUUUCAUACUGAUGCCUCAAUUCAAAAUCUACAAUCACCAAAUAUUAAAUCUGGUAUUGGCUGGAUUUGCGAAAACAAUUUGUCUAUUAAAUUUAAUGCAGCUACUAUUCUCUAUCCAGACACAACACAUGCUGAACUAGAAGCAAUUAUCUCUCUUCUUUUCGCAAUUUCCAAUAAUACUUAUAUACAUAUUACCUAG